CAAAGAUGAAGCUGUGAUUUGGAGUUGAAACUUUGCAAACUGUCGUGGCGUCGGACAGUAAAACUACCCAAGGGAAAUAAGAGCUGUGGCCGUGGAUACUCGGGAUGACUUCUUCUUGGUGCAGCGCUGAUACUUUUGUUUAGGUCGGGGAGACGUCCUGAGAGAAAAAAAAAAAAAAUGGUCUCCGGGUCGAGUGAAUGCAGUAGUUGAGUGAAAACUGUGAGAGGAGUUGUGCCAUGCAGCCGAGAACGUUACUCGGGAUCUGGGAGAGUCCAUCUGGGAAGAGUGAGUAACCGGCGUGUCCCCGCUGCUGUCGCCAUUCCUGUCGGAUUUGCCAGGUCAACCCCUCCUCGGCUUGCCCCGACUUCCUCGGUGACAUUGAUGACAGAGCUGACGGGAAGGACAUUGGCUUCGUUGAUCUGGGCACUUGAUAGUUUGUAGGAGCAGCUCUAUGGGAACGGACUGAGGGCGGCUGACCUUUCCGCGCACCUCACCGGCGAACAAGUUCUCAGGAUGAGUCUGGUCGGGGGAUUUCCACACCAUCCGGUGGUCCACCACGACAGCUACUCCUUCGCUGCUGCCGCCGCCGCAAGCCGCUGCCAUGAAGAGAACCCCUACUUUCAUGGCUGGCUGAUCGGCCACCCGGAGAUGUCCCCGCCCGACUACAGCAUGGCACCUUCGUACAGCCCCGAGUACGCCAGUGGCGCCGCGGGGCUGGAGCACUCGCAUUACGGGGCCAUCCCCGGGGCCGGGCCCAUGGCCAUCGGGCCCCGACCGGUCAAGCGCAGGGGCACCGCCAACCGCAAGGAGCGGCGCCGGACUCAGAGCAUCAACAGCGCCUUCGCCGAGCUGCGGGAGUGCAUCCCCAACGUGCCGGCGGACACCAAACUGUCCAAAAUCAAAACGCUGCGCCUCGCCACCAGCUACAUCGCCUACCUCAUGGACCUGCUGGCCAAGGACGAGCAGAACGGGGAGGCGGAGGCCUUCAAAGCGGACUUUAAAAAGACAGACGUGAAGGAUGACAGGAGGAAGAAGGAGCAGCUGAAUGAAGUUUUGAAAAGUUCGGCGAGCAGCAAUGACAAGAAGUCGAAAGGAAGGACUGGCUGGCCGCAGCACGUCUGGGCUUUGGAACUCAAGCAGUGAAAGUUCGCUUUCGUCCUGCUGACUUUUACGGGAGGCGCUCGGGACUUCAGCGCGCCUCCCAAACGUGUCUUGCUGUUGUUCUCAUUUUCUUCUUCUUCUUCUUCUUUCUUUGGCGGAUUUAUCGAAUCUAUUUAUGUGCAAUUUUCCGCCCCGACGAGUGGAUAUAUUUGAAGAAAAGCAUUCCAUUUUACGAGGAGGAAAGCUGUUUGGUAAGGGAUGGAUGGAGUCGCCUGCCA